AAGGCAGGGGGGCGGCGCCGGCCUCAGGGCGGCUCGACCAUGGCGGCGGCGCGCCUGGUGCUCACUGCCUGAGCCGAGCCGCGCAGCGGGAGGAUGGCCUCGCUCGGGUCAGCCGCGGCUGGGGAGCCGGCGACCGGAGCUGAGGCGGAGCCAGGUCCUCCGGCCCCGCCGCCACCUCCGCCGCCGCCACCCGCUCCCUCGCCGUCCGCUCUCGGGCCGUUGUUGCCCCUGCAGCGGGAGCCGCUGUACAACUGGCAGGCCACCAAGGCGUCGCUGAAGGAGCGCUUCGCCUUCCUCUUCAACUCGGAGCUGCUGAGCGAUGUGCGUUUCGUGCUCGGCAAGGGCCGAGGCGCGGCUGCCGCCGGGGGCCCGCAGCGCAUUCCCGCCCAUCGCUUCGUACUGGCGGCCGGCAGCGCGGUCUUCGACGCCAUGUUCAACGGCGGGAUGGCCACGACGUCGGCCGAGAUCGAGCUGCCGGACGUGGAGCCCGCCGCCUUCCUGGCGCUGCUGAGGUUUUUGUAUUCAGAUGAAGUUCAAAUUGGUCCAGAAACCGUUAUGACCACUCUUUAUACUGCGAAGAAAUAUGCAGUCCCUGCCUUGGAAGCACAUUGCGUAGACUUUCUCACCAAACACCUUAGGGCGGACAAUGCCUUUAUGCUGCUAACUCAGGCGCGGUUGUUCGAUGAGCCUCAGCUGGCCAGUCUUUGUCUAGAUACCAUAGACAAAAGCACAGUGGAUGCAAUAAGUGCGGAAGGCUUUACUGAUAUUGACAUCGAUACACUCUGUGCAGUUCUAGAAAGAGACACACUGAGUAUCCGAGAAAGUCGACUUUUUGGAGCUAUUGUACGCUGGGCAGAAGCAGAGUGUCAGAGACAACAAUUGCCUGUGACAUUUGGAAACAAACAGAAAGUUCUAGGAAAAGCACUUUCCUUAAUCCGGUUCCCACUGAUGACAAUUGAGGAAUUUGCAGCAGGUCCUGCUCAAUCUGGAAUUCUGUCAGAUCGUGAAGUGGUAAACCUCUUUCUUCAUUUUACCGUCAAUCCUAAACCCCGAGUUGAGUACAUUGACCGGCCGAGAUGCUGCCUCAGAGGAAAGGAAUGCUGUAUCAAUAGGUUCCAGCAAGUAGAGAGCCGCUGGGGUUACAGUGGGACGAGCGAUCGGAUCAGGUUCACAGUUAACAGAAGAAUCUCUGUAGUUGGAUUCGGUUUGUAUGGAUCUAUUCAUGGGCCCACGGACUACCAAGUGAAUAUACAGAUCAUUGAAUAUGAGAAAAAACAAACCUUGGGACAAAACGAUACUGGAUUUAGUUGUGAUGGGACUGCUAACACAUUCAGGGUCAUGUUCAAAGAACCUAUCGAGAUCCUGCCCAAUGUCUGUUACACAGCAUGCGCAACACUCAAGGGUCCAGAUUCUCACUAUGGCACCAAAGGACUGAAGAAAGUGGUGCAUGAGACCCCUGCUGCAAGCAAGACUGUCUUCUUGUUCUUCAGUUCCCCUGGCAAUAACAACGGCACGUCAAUAGAAGACGGACAGAUACCAGAGAUCAUAUUUUAUACAUAACCUAGUGUUAACAACCAUUCAGUCUAAUCUCAAAAGCAUAAACAACUGGCCACAAAUAGUUUGAGUGUCUUGAGUAUUUAUAAUUACAGAUUAAGAAACAUUUUAGUUUCUUAGAAGUAAAAUAGUUCAUUUAAAUCUCUGCAUGAUUCAAAGGCAGACUUUCCCUCUUCUUGUAACUCUGGAAGCAAAGAGAACCAGGUUUGUGUAAAUUGCUGUCUUUCCUGCUCCGUCUUGUGUGAUUCUGCAGACCCGCUGACUUGCCAUCUUUCAGUAGUUUGGGAAUCGAGAGAUUCUUGACAUAAAUAGCAGAUGUGGGUGUUUGUUUGUUUGUUCGUUUGUUUAAACUUUUGUUUCAACUGUUUUGAAAGUUAGAUGAAAUGGGUGAGUAUUCCUACAGAAUCCUUUUAACUCAGAUAACUAAUUUCAGGAAAUUAAGAAAACUGACUUUAUACUUGGGAUUUUUAAAUAUCUGGUCAUUAGCUUUUGGAAUAAUGCUAAAAGUAAGCCUUGAAAACACCCAAGGAAAGUUUCAGUGCAUUUACAGGGAAGGUAUUUUGUAACUGUAUAAAAGUGCAUCCCACAGUACUGUUUAAAAGCUGGAAGUGGAGUUUGUAUAAAUUCACAGUGUGCUAUACACAGACCUAAAGGGGCUCUGAGAUGGGGUCUUUAUAACUCCCAUCCCACAGCCUGUCAUGGGCGGGUGACUGAGAUAUGACAGAUGCCCACAGAGAACCACUUCAGCACUGCAGUCCCUCAGACAGCAAGAAGGGGGCAGAAGACCAAGAUUCCUAACAGCUACUCUGAAUCAUAAAGCUGUGCAGCCAGUCACUCCUGCUGUCCUGCUUGACAUUUGUGACGUCCUUGAUGUGACUGAUACAUCUAUAGUAAGAGUUGGAUCAAAAGGAUAUUUGGCAGUGUGACAUUUCUACAUUUUUAUAUAAAGCAGAUUUUUAAAAUACAAGUAAGAUGACAUUUUCCCCCUUGGAAAUGAUUAUCUUACAAAAAAAAAAACCUUGUAUAAUUAAGCUUAAGGCGUUAUCAGUCUAUCAGAUGGUUGUGGGAAAUUAUUGAAAAUUCUUUUAAGUAUCAACUUAAAGAAUUUUUCUAAAUAGGAUAUAAAAGUUUUCAUCAAAAGUAAUAUUUUGUAUUUUCAAGAGGGCAGGGAGGUGAUGUGUUGGUGGCCAGGAUCUCUUGAACUUAUUGAAGAAAGGGAACUGUUUUCAGUCUGUUGAGUACCAUGAUCCUAUGGGUCUAACCCUCAGUUAGCUGAAAUAUCCAUGGAACGUGUGAUUCUGCUUAACUGAAGAUGAGUAAAGACUGGAUGUAGUAACCAUUCCUUAACCAGUAUUGCAUGCCAGAGGUAAGUUAGUGCUUUUGACAUUUGGGGCAUUCACAUGCCUUGUGUUUUACUCAACAACUGUAACUGAAUGUAGUCAUGGAAGGUACAAGAUACGGAACACUCACUGACAUUGGGACAUCACCUGGAAUUUUUAAAAUAAAUUUAUCCUUUUUGUUUACCUAA